AAGUAGGUAUAACGUCAUCGAUAGGUAAAUAGCUAGUAGAAAUGUGGUAAAAAAUGAGAUUUUGUUGCAGUUACGUGUUCAUUCUUAACACUGAAUAGAUUCAUUUUAAAAUGGAGAUUCCAUACAGGAAAAUUUUCAUUUAUAUAUUAACAUUCGCCGCUUACGCAUAUACGGGCAUAGGUUCAACUAUGUUACGAAAUUUAAAAGAUGCUGUAUUGUCGGCCGAAUCCGUUUUUGGAGACAUGCUGAGAAAUGUUAUAACAGUAGCUGAAAAAUUUCGUUCUAUACAUGAAGUUUUUGAUGCUGCAGUUGAAGAGGAUUGUGUAUUUACUUGCCCAGAAGGAAUAAAACCAGUACGGAACAGGAAUCAUAUUCCAAAGUCGGAUGGUUGUGGUUCAUUGGGGUUUGAAAUAUCAUCAGAGUACUUGCCACUUGAGCAAAUGACAAAAUGUUGUGACAAUCAUGAUAUUUGUUAUGACACUUGUAACAGUGGCAAAGAAGUAUGUGAUUUAGAAUUCAAAAGGUGCCUUUAUAAUUAUUGUGAAUCAUACAAAUCACUAAAUGUAGCUGGAGCAACAGUAACUAAAGGUUGUAAAGCUGCAGCAAAACUACUAUUUACAGGAACAUUGACAUUGGGAUGUAAAUCUUAUUUGGAUGCACAAAAAGAGGCAUGUUAUUGUCCUCCUGUUAAAAAUAGUAGAUAUAAAAAAUAUGCUGGUGAUGGAGGCUUGUAGGUUAUUUGAUUUUGAAUUAGUAUUUAGAAGUUCUAAACCCGAAGGUGGUUUUGUGAUUGUCCUGUGUGUUGUACCCUCAAUGAAACAACUUUGUGAUAGAUAUAAAUCUGGUCAAACAAUUAGUGAUAGUUUUGUCAGUAAUAUUUAUUUGCCAAAGUUACAAUGAUGAAUGAUGCAAUACUAUAUAUCAUUGUUAUUUUUGUAUACAUUGUUAAAUAAGAAAAUAAUAUAAGCUUGCCUUUCUGUUAUGUUUCAUUUAUGCAAUAAAAAUUACUUACAAUAUCUAAGUAUUGUAACUUACAAGCUAAUAUGAAUUACGUGUCUAUCAGCACAGCAGCAGUCUUCUUAAAAUUUGAAAUAAAGCCUUGACAUGUUAAGAUCCUAAUUUAUCAGUUACAUAUCACCAACCAAUUAUAAAACAAAAAUUGCCAAGUAUAUAAAGUUUUAUAUGCAUACAAAUGUCCCUGUUUUUCACCUGCACUUAUAUCACCAAUAUAUUUAGUGAGAAAUGGCUAAGUAUUCUGAGACUUAAUUGAGUCAAAAAUUAGUUUCAAAACCAAAGUGAACGGGGAUGCUGUGGUGAUGGACUCUAUGAAUCACUUUCUUCACUUAAUGUAUAAUAAAGGCCUUCUACAGAAACACAUUUAAAUAUUUUCAUGGAACUGGGCCAACACAGUGUCUUAUCAAUAGGCCUUAUCAAGCAAUUACCACUUUAAAUUCACAAACAUAAAAUGGUUGCUAUUUACAACACCAUAAUAUGUUGAGCAUAAAAAAAUAAUUUUAAUGUAAAUAAAUGCAUAUAAAAUAUAUGAUGGACUAAUGUUAUCACUUAUGAAAUUUAACACUAGAACAAAUACUUCAUCUUGGCUUUCAUAAAAAUAUAAAUCAAUAAGUCAGCAAAGUGAUGAAAUGGUUUAAAGCAUUUACUUCUAUGUGAGCAGUUCUUUGAUUUCUUCUUUCUCAGCAGCUUCAAUAUAAGGUGUGCCAUCAGGAGUUUUGCCAUCUUUCGAUGCACCCUGUGGAAGUAAUUUUGAGUUUGCAAAUAUUAAGUUAUUAAAAUAAAAACAAGGUUACAAAUAGACACUUACAUUCUUCAAAAGUGUUUUAACACAGUCAGUAUGACCUUCCCAAAUAGCAGCUAAAAGUACUGAUAUACCAUGUUUAUCCACCAUCUGUAAUUAUAAACAUUAUCAGCAUUUUUAAUAAACAGGGUUUAGCAUUGGAGUAAAUUUAUGCCGAGACCACACUUAGUAUAAGACAAAGUUCAUAUUAAUAAACAGACAUAAAGGUUAACCUAGUAUGAGAUUCUACAGGAGUAAUAUUUACUCCUACAAGAUAGUGGUUAGCUUAUUCUCUAUAUAAUAUGAAUUUGGAUUAAUACUAAAAUUGGAAUUUUAGCAUAAAUUUACUCUAAUCCUAAACCUUGUUUAUAAAUAGCACUGUAUAAGUAUUAAAACAAAAAAAAAAUCAACAAAGACCAACUAAUUCUAAACUUACAUUAGGAUCUGCACCUUUAUCCAAUAGAUAGUUCAACACUACUGUUUGACCAUAAUCUGCAGCAUAAUGAAGUGGAACUCUACCAUCUAUAAAGGCAUUGACAUCAAUUUGCUGUAAACAUUUGUAAAAUAUUAGAUAUUUUUGGAAAAUUAUCUGUAACUUUAACUGUAAAUGUCAGAUAUAGUUAUAUUUUAAAGUCUGUUUCACAUAGCAUGGGUAUGGUGAUGUUUGUUAACAAAUCCAUUGCACACUAUUUGUAUUUCCAGAUAAUUAAAAAGCAUUGGUUAAAAAAAAUGUAUAUUAAAAUACAAAUAUUUUGUUAAUAGCAAUAAUUACUAAAAUAUGUACUAAAAAUUAGAUUGAAUUAAUAAAAUCAUUAUAAUUGACAUUUAGAUUUGGUAUCUUUUAAUUAUUGUUGUCCUAACAGUUAAACUAAACUAAAAUAAAAUUUAAUAGUUUUCUGAUAGGGGUUUAUUUUGUUGAUGAAAAAAUAUUAUUCUUAAAUACUGUAUUAUACUUAGACCUCAAAAUUAAUUAUUUAUAUUACACCUGACCGCUAUCAAUGAUUUUAUUACACCUGGACCACCUAUUCUAUUUCUCCGAAAACUGAAAUACAUCAAUUUUCGAAAUGUUUAUACGACUCCGAAAGAAACGCAAUUUCCGAUAAUUUAUAAUGGAACGGAGGUAGGGCCUGACACUGCCUCUGAAGCAUCGAUAAUCUUCACGGAUAUGAUUUUAACAAAAUUAUACGAAAAAUUUCAGAUUUUCGUUCGAAGACAAAUAGAAUACUGCCUCAGAUGUCAUGUUAAUUCGUAUGAGUAGUAACAACAAAGUAAUUUUAAACAUUAGAGAAUAAAACAGAACGCUUUCUCUCAACACUGAUUUGUUAAAUUUAUUGUAGAUAAAAUCUGUACCUUGUUUUCUAUAAUUUGUUUUACUUGAUCUAUAUCUCCAUUUUUGAUUCCCCAAACUAAUUCGCUCAUCGUUGUGUACUUUUUGAGUUCUUUGUAUAAAUUCAAUAAAAAAAGAUUACGGCAAGACAAUACCGAGACCGAGC